CACACACACGGACACAUGAGCAAGAUAAGAAGGUCGUCCCACGCCACAUGCGCGGCCGCUGGGGAGGGAGGACGCGUCGCCCGCCUCACUCAUUCCCCUCCGUGACUCCCUGUGGUGAAGGUCCUCCAGCAGCGCCUCGCUCCACUCCGGCACCAACACCCGGCGACACCCGCACCCACAUUAGCCACACCACGGCCAUGGCAGCGUAGGGCACGGCGCCCCCACUAGGCUGCCCUAAAGCGGCCACAGCACAGACACAGCAGCGCGCCACAGCGACAAUACAGAAACCACAGGCUCUCCUCACUCCCCUUCAGAGUUACACAGGGGUAUAUUUCACCGGGAGGGACCCCUAGGCGCACCCCGUCCCUCCCCUCCCCACCAGGCGCCAUGUCUCGCCCCAGAAGCCUCGUCCCUACUCUGCUGCCGCUGUUUCUCCUGCUGGUGGCGCUGCUGAUACCCUGCUGCCCUGCUGAGGACGCACCAGCACCAGCAGCGGCAGCAACACCAGCAGCACCAACAGCACCACCAGCAGUAGCAGACUCGGACGCCGCACAGCAGCAGGAGGAGCCGGCCAGGGAGAAACGGUUCCUGGGAUCGCUGCUGCGGCAGGAUGGACGGCUUCCUGUCUGGGGCUACAAGAGAUCCUUCAUCGGCCAACAGGACGGGAACCCUAGCCACGAGAUCAUGACUUCCGCAGCGGCGUCUCCUGGAGGUACCUUGCCCGAGGACGCUGAGGCUCAGGCUCUGGAGAAGCGACACUUGUCCAGCCUGGCACGCAACAACGCCUUCCCUAAGGACCUGCGGGAGAAGAAGUACUUCGCAUCAUUGCUCAAGUCUCGAGUGAUGGGCGAGGGCACCAAGUUCAGCCCGCAGGACGCCGCUGACGACUCGGAGUCCCGCCUGCAGAAGCGGUUCUACGCCUCGCUGCUCAAGUCCGACACGCCGCCCCAGACUGCCUACCUCAACAGCGUGUUCUACCGCCAGGACAAGCGGCACUACGGCUCGCUGCUCCGGAGCGGCCCGCUGCCCUUCAUGCAGGACAAGCGACACUUCGGCUCGCUGCUCAAGAGUCCCAGCUACCGCGGCAUCUCCAUCCCCGGCAAGCGAAGCGUGGGCGGCGCGGGCGGGGCUCAGGAUGACGCGGUGCGCCAGCUGGAAGACGUUCGGGAGCUGUCCAAGCAGCAAUUUUCAUCCUUGCUCGCCAACCACCCUGACGACGAGCUGGAGCUGCAGCGGCGCCUACUGGCGGCUGGCCUCAUCAGCCCCGGAGCCACGCAGGACCUGGCGGCGCUGAUCACACCCUGGGACGCCGUCACCCUGCCGGACCAGGACAAGCGGCAUAUUGGGUCCUUGUACAGGGGCAAGAAGGACGAAGACGGCCUGUAUGACCUUCCUGAAGACAAGAGGCACAUCGGCUCCCUGUACCGAGGUAAGAAAGACGAUGAUGAUUUGUACCAAGAACUUUCUGAAGACAAGAGGCACAUCGGCUCUCUGUACCGAGGCAAGAAGGACGAAGACAACCUUUUGGGUUUUCCUGAAGACAAAAGGCACAUUGGGUCUCUCUACCGCGGCAAGAAAGACGAUGAUGAUUUGUACCAAGACCUCUCAGAAGACAAGCGGCACAUUGGUUCACUGUACAGGGGUAAGAAGGACGAAGACAACUCAUAUUACGACCUCUCAGAAGACAAGAGACACAUUGGUUCACUGUACAGGGGUAAGAAGGACGAAGACAACUCAUAUUACGACCUCUCAGAAGACAAGCGGCACAUUGGUUCACUGUACAGGGGUAAGAAGGACGAAGACAACUCAUACUACGACCUCCCUGAAGACAAGCGGCACAUUGGUUCACUGUACAGGGGCAAGAAGGACGAAGACAACUCAUACUACGACCUCCCUGAAGACAAGCGGCACAUUGGUUCACUGUACAGGGGUAAGAAGGACGAAGACAACUCAUACUACGACCUCCCUGAAGACAAGCGGCACAUUGGUUCACUGUACAGGGGCAAGAAGGACGAAGACAACUCAUACUACGACCUCCCUGAAGACAAGCGGCACAUUGGUUCACUGUACAGGGGUAAGAAGGACGAAGACAACUCAUAUUACGACCUCUCAGAAGACAAGAGACACAUUGGUUCACUUUACAGGGGUAAGAAGGACGAAGACAACUCAUAUUACGACCUCCCUGAAGACAAGAGACACAUUGGUUCACUGUACAGGGGCAAGAAGGACGAAGACGAUCUGUACAACGGCCUUUACGAAGACAAGCGUCACAUCGGCUCCUUGUACCGGGGGAAGAAAGACGAAGACAACUUGUACAAUGAACUUUCUGAAAACAAGAGACAUAUCGGGUCCUUGUAUCGCGGCAAGAAAGAUGAAGACAACAUGCAGGGGCUUUAUGAAGACAAGAGGCACAUUGGCUCCCUCUACCGCGGUAAGAAAGAUGAAGACAGCUUGUAUCACGUCCUUUCUGAAGACAAAAGGCACAUCGGCUCUCUGUAUCGCGGCAAGAAGGACGAAGACAACAUGUAUCAGAGCCUCUCCGAAGACAAGCGGCAUAUUGGCUCACUGUACCGUGGAAAAAAAGACGAAGACAACGCCCAAGGCCUAUCUGAAGACAAGCGACACAUCGGCUCAUUGUAUAGAGGCAAGAAAGAUGAAGCCAAUUUUGCUGAAGACAAACGCCAUAUUGGGUCUUUGUACCGCGGCAAGAAGGAUGAAGACAACUCUCAAAAUCUCGUUGAAGACAAAAGGCACAUCGGCUCCCUGCUCAGAGGGAAGAAAGAUGAAGACACCGCCCAAGGCCUCUCUGAAGACAAGCGACACAUCGGUUCACUGUACAGGGGGAAAAAAGAUGAAGACAACCUUGCUGAAGACAAACGCCAUAUUGGAUCCUUAUACAGAGGAAAGAAGGACGAAGACAACUCAAAAAACAUUCUUGAAGACAAGCGACAUAUUGGGUCACUGUAUAGAGGAAAGAAGGAUGAAGACAACUCCCAAAACCUUUCUGAAGACAAGCGGCACAUUGGCUCCCUCUACAGGGGAAAGAAAGACGAAGACAAUACCAACAGCCUCUCUGAAGACAAGCGGCAAAUCGGGUCCCUGUACCGCGGUAAAAAGGACGAAGACAAUGCUAACAGUUUUGCUGAAGACAAGCGGCACAUUGGCUCUCUUUACCGGGGAAAGAAGGACGAUGACAGCAGCAGUCCCUCUGAAGACAAGCGCCACAUUGGCUCACUCUACAGAGGAAAGAAGGACGAAGACAACACCAACAGCCUCUCUGAAGACAAACGACACAUCGGCUCACUCUACAGAGGAAAGAAGGACGAAGACAACGCCAACAGUCUCUCUGAGGACAAAAGACACAUCGGCUCCCUGUACCGCGGCAAGAAGGACGAGGACAACGCCCACGACCUUUCUGAGGACAAGAGACACAUCGGGUCACUGUACAGGGGGAAGAAAGACGAGGACAAUGCCAACAGUCUCUCCGAGGACAAGCGGCACCUCGGGUCACUGUACCGCGGCAAGAAGGACGGGCAGGCCUUCCCGACAGACCUCAUCCAGGACGAGGACGACAUCGAGCGCGGCCUGCACGACCUGCCGGACAAGCGUUACUUCGCGUCGCUGCUGAGGAACAGACAGUCAGCCCUGGCCCCCUGGAACCCUCCAGACAAGCGCCACAUCGGCUCCUUCUUCCAGAACAGACAAGUGCCCUUCGGAAUGCAGGACUCCGCGGAGAAGAGACACCUUGGCUCGCUGCUGCAACACAGACCGUCAGCCUUCGCGCCACACGACCUCACGGCGGACAAGCGACACAUCGGCUCCUUCUUCCAGAACAGACAGGCGCCCUUCGGCACGCAGGACCUCUCGGCAGACAAACGUCAUAUCGGCUCCUUCUUCCAGAACAGACAGUCCCCGCUGAGCCUCCAGGACUCAGCGGAGAAGAGGCACAUCGGUUCCUUCAUGCAGGACCGGGGCCCGCCCUUCGCCCCAGACCAGGGCUCGGGGCUGCGGCGACGCAAGCGGUACAUCGGCGCGCUGGCUAGGACCAACAACAUGCCCUCGCCAUACUCCAGGGCGCGCCAGAACCGCCGCGACGCCCCUGACCCGAGCCGCCGCCGCGCCCACCUGCUGCAGCGCCUUCUCAACAUGGAACGACAGCGGGACCUCCUCCGCCAGCGCCAGCGUCAGGCUCUCGUCACACGCACACAGAACGCCGCCAUGAUGCUCAAGUACCUGGAGCACGCUGCCCUGGACGACGAGGACGUGGACCUGGACCUGCAGCCAGCGCGGGACGUGGGCGUCGAUCUGGAGCUAGACGAGGAGCCUGAACCCCGCCCUGACCUGGACCACCUUCAGUACACCAUGGCCGCCGCGCCCCUCGAGGACAACGCACUCACCUACCACAGCGCCACUAAACGCUUCCUGGGGUCACUAGCACGCAGCGGGUGGUUCCCAAGACGCUACAGCGGCGCCUACUCUUUUGACCUUCAGAAGCGUGACCUUGCCUCGCAGCUGCCCUUAGACGACGAGGAGGAGGACGAGGAGGAGGAGGAAGAAGAGGAUAAACCUUUCUUUACUUUCUCCUACUAAUAGAUGAAGAGAUGAUGUGUCUUUCUCUCUUUUUCUCUCUUUAUUUCUCUUUUU